AUGGACUCGGACGAGUGUGAUCACAAGCUCAUCAACAGGCUCGUGCCUCAGUGGCUUCCCACUCCGCAAGCGACUGUUCAUCCAACGUCCACCACCACUACCGCUGCGCAUGCCCCCGCGACGACGACCGCGCUCAAGUCACCCCCUUUCAUCAACCUCAACUCGACCUCUUCUACUCUCAGCGCCCCCACCUGCACCUCACCAGCCUCCACCAAGACACUCGCCCUGGCCAUGACCAAACCCGAACCCAUCGCCAGCGCCGACGUCGAGGCCAAGUCGCCCCCUCCUCACCACCACCUCCACCCGUCAACUUACCAGCUCGACCCGGUCAAGUGGCAACACGACACCCAACGCAUGCUCAACAAGACCCUCGGGCCCGAGUUCAUCUCCACCCGUGCAGGACCGAGUGGUUCGAAAUUGACCUACAUCGAAGGGUGGAAGCUCAUCAACCUGGCCAACGAGGUCUUUGGCUUCAAUGGUCAGUCACCCAACGACUCGGACAGCGCGUGUGAGGAAUUCGACGGUGCGCAGACUCAUCCUUCUGAUCCGACCACAGGCUGGUACUCGUCCGUCAAGGAGCUGACGAUCGAUUAUGUACGCACAUGCAAGCUUGCCCGUGGGCCCAUCAUUGGUCUGACGCUGGCCACCUCCCCCCGCAGAUCGACUUUAUCGAAAAGACCGAGCGGUACAACGUCAGCGCUUCGGCCAUCGUCAACGUUCGCAUGCCCGACGGCGCCUACCACGAAGAUGUCGGAUGCGGCAGUGCCGAGAACCAAAAGACCAAAUCAGCCGCUUUGGACAAGGUGCGUCCACCAUCAGAUCCACUUUAUCGUCUCCAACUGACCAAAGCAAAAAAAUCGGCUCCUCCUCCCCUCAGGCCAAAAAGGAAGCCGUUACGGACGGACUCAAGCGUGCGCUGCGCAGCUUUGGCAAACUCAUGGGCAAUUGCGUCUACGACAAGCACUACGUCGUCGAGGCGGAAAAGAUGACCAAGACCAAGGUAGACGCUUCACACAAAUCCAUCUUACCUGCAAGAGAGGGCAAAUCUGAUCCAUGACUUGUUCAACAGCCCAAGGUCGACUUCAAGAACAUCUUCCGACCCGCGUACGAUGCCGAGAUGGAGGAGAAGGCAAGGAAAAAGUCCCUGGAGAACGACAACGAGAAUGCUCCUGCUCAGGAUAUCAAAAAGAUCACCAAGGGAGGACCCUCCGCCGCCCCAGCUCCGAUGCGAGCCCCUGCCUUGCCAGCUCGCGCCACGACGACCCUCAGCGCCACCCGAGUUCCACCUGCAGCUCCGAGUCGUGCACCCCUCGCUCCAAUGCAAACAAACCAAACUCCGAAGCCGACGUCGUUGCAGCCCACAAAGCCGAUGGUCAAAGGGGAGUGCCCCGCGAGUGACCCUUUCUCUGCCGACGACACCCUUGCUCUCCAGGGCAUGGAUCUCGACGCCUCGACUUACCUCGGUACUGGAACCAACUUCGCACAUGAAGGCGACAGUGGGUUCUCGGAAGGUGGCUUGUUCGACGCUGCUGCCGAAGUCAAGUUGGGGAACAACGGUGGGCCUCAGGCGGCUCACACUUCCAACGGCCCAGAUCACGGUGCACGCCGUUUGAACGAGAAGGAAGAGGCGGGGAAGAAGAGGAUGAGGACCGAAGAGAUGGAAAUGAAACGUCAAGCCGCCUUGUUGCGCCAACAACAAAAGAGCAUGAACCAACAGCAACAACACCGGUCCCCUCCCAAUGCCGGAUCGGCAGGUCUGCAGAGAUCCAAGACGGUGGGCAACCCUUCGACCAACACGGCGAGACCUAUUACUGUUCAAGCGGGGACGUUGCCGACGAUUAAUGUUGGAGCGGGAGGAACGAAGCUUUCACCUGGUUCGAGUGGGAAAGGUGCGCCUGUGUCCGGUCCGACGACGUUCGUUAGUGCUAGGACGAUGAAGAGGACUUUGAUUGACGAGUGAGUUGUUUCGUUACCGCUGCUUGUGACGAGGGGAUUCUGUGUUGACUGAGGGCUAUACAAUUUCAGACCAUACGAAACGGUCAUUACACGCGGUGUGAAUGGUCGACCGGACCCGAUCGAUCCUUCCAAGCGACCUCGUCCCGCAUGA